AUGCCAUUCGCACAACUCGUUCUCGGCAGCCCCGGAGCUGGCAAAAGUACCUAUUGCGACGGAAUGCACCAAUUCAUGUCAGCCAUAGGACGGAAAUGCUCCGUAGUAAACCUCGACCCGGCGAACGAUCACGCAAACUACCCUUGCGCAAUAGACGUACGAGAUCUCGUUAAAUUAGAGGAUAUUAUGGAGGAAGAUGAUUUGGGGCCGAAUGGAGGGGUACUAUAUGCUUUGGAGGAACUAGAGCAGAAUAUGGAUUGGCUGGAGAAGGGGCUGAGUGAACUGGGGGAGGACUAUGUGCUUUUUGAUUGUCCGGGGCAGGUGGAGCUCUAUACACACCACUCGUCAUUACGGAAUAUUUUCUUCAAGUUGCAGAAGCUUGGUUACAGACUUGUAGUCCUGCAUCUUUCCGAUUCGUAUUGCCUGACGCUCCCCUCACUUUACAUCUCCAACUUAAUACUAUCUCUGCGGGCUAUGCUCCAGAUGGACCUCCCACACCUUAAUGUCCUGACGAAAAUCGAUAAACUCUCUUCAUAUGCGCCCCUGCCCUUCAACCUCGAUUAUUACACUGAGGUCCAAGACCUAUCCUACCUCCUGCCAAAACUCGAAGAAGAAUCAGCGGUGGGUGCGAAGUUCCAGGGGCUGAACACGGCGAUAGUGGAACUGGUUGAGAGUUUUGGUUUAGUAGGGUUUGAGACAUUGGCGGUAGAGGAUAAAAAGAGCAUGAUGCAUCUUCUCCAAGUCAUAGACCGAGCAGGCGGGUAUGCAUUUGGCGGUGCUGAAGGAGCAAAUGAUACCGUAUGGCAGGUUGCCAUGAGAGAGGGUGUGACCACUAUGGAUGUCAAGGAUGUCCAAGAGCGAUGGCUGGAUGCCAGGGACGAGUAUGAUGACAAGGAGAGGAGAGAGUGGGCGGAACAGGCCAAGAUUCGAGAUGAGGCUGAAAAGGCGAAACAGGACCAGAUGGACGUGGAUGAGGAUGAUCUGGAGAAUAUGUCGAUGCCUCCAGAUAGUGGCGUAAAAGUUGUUAGAAAAAACCAAUGA